UAUGACCUCUAAGAUUAUAACUAGAUGCGCAAGUAAGAGUGAGGGAGAUCUCAUGGUCUCAAGGAAAUUGCCGAUACGCUUGGUUGCGUGGGUUGCGUUGGUGAUGUCCGUUGCUAGCGAUAGCCCUCUCGCUGCUCUGCGCAUCACAUCAGGCCCCGCACUAUACCACACGAUAUUCUUCAUCUCAACUAACCUCAGAAUCGACUUUCUGAAUCGACUUGCCACUCGCGUAGCCACGUCACCGUACCUUCUAGAAACACCCACACGUGGGCAAACAAUCCAAGGGAAAUCGAUUGCGCUCAACACCAUGGCGUCCAGAGCCUCAUACUAUUUAUCAGAAGGAUUUUGAUUAUUUGGAGUACUAUUUAAAUUAUUAAACGGCAAAUUCUGAUAUCAACACACAUGGCGGAUGCAGGCAUCUCCUACGAUCGUACCGAAAAAGUCCCUCGGUGCGUGAGUUCGAGUCGGGGUGCGCUCACUUUGAGCGUGCUAUCAAACUUCUAAGAUCCUGGUGUUUGACGGGCAUAACAAAUACAAAAAACCAAUU